AUGGAGAAAAAAUUCAAAGCGGGUCUCACGGGCGUGCGGGGCUCGGCGGCGCUCGGGAACGGGAUCCGUUCUCUCCGCAAAUGCGCGCUACCGGGGCUGCGCCGCGGGCCGCCCCGGACGACCCCUCUCAACUACGAGGCUGCUUCGAGUUGGCUCCGUCCGGCUCUCCCCGCCCGUACCAACCCCACAUUCCGCCCUCCUACCCGGCAAAGCGGACGAAGCCCCCACCGGCUGGUGCCCGCGGGCACCGAACUUAGCGGAACGCCUCCCGGCUCGGACCAGACGCCCCUGAGAAGUGACGCCCGCGAGCCUCAAACGCCUCAGGCGGGCCUGCCGGGUGCUCUCCCCGUCUCCCAGGAAGCCGCCCGUCGGCCGGCGGCGCCAACCGCCACCGCCGCACUUACCCGGGAAGGCAAAAGUGGCCGCGGGCACCCAACCGCCGUCACUCCCUUCAGGGAGCCGACUAGCACGCUCGAAGCGACCGCCUCGCCUGCCCCGCCACAGCGUUCGGCUACGACGCACGCGCGCGCAGGCCACGCCCCCGGGUGCGCGGGCCGGGCCGCAGAGCACGCCGGGAGCGUGAGUCUCCCAGCCCGCCACAUCCCAGGGCUGUACGCGCGGACAAGCGGAGCUAGGGGAAGGUGCCAGGGUGGCCGCCGCCUCAGUAGCACGCGGAUGGCUUGGAAAGUCAGCCCCCGUUUCCGCCUCACCCAGGAUUGCUCCACUCGGGGCCUUUCCGCAUCCCAGCCACCACUCCAUUCCGAGGCGCGAUCAGCUCUGACCAGUCUCUUCCUCACACCCAUAGUCGAUUCGUUAGUCCCGUUAAGGUCAAACGCUGACAGAAUCCAACCGCUUUGCACACUUCUACAUGGGGUCAAGCCCCCUGUUAUCUUUGCGGGGAUGAUUGUAACAAUCACUUAAAUGGUCGCUUCGUACCAUCUUGCCCCCGCCUGGGCCUUGUCGGCGACGCCGCAGCCACGUGGAUGCUGUGAAAGCCUAUCCCCCCGGAUCUUCCAAAGGCUCCGCGCUCAUUGCCAAAGCCAGCGGCCAGCAGUGGCCUAGGCUGUUGCACGCGAUCGGUCCCCCACAUCUCCCCUCUCCAUCUGGCUCCUUUCCCAGGAGGCCCAGGGUAACCCACACUUCGCUGUCCUCACCACCACCCACCAGGCGGGACCCCACGACGACCGGCUUUUGUCCUGGCUGCUCCCUCCCAGCGUGGGCCGCAUCUCCUCGGGGUGGGCAGGGCACGUGGUUUUCACAGCGAGGCCUCCCCUGAUCGCCUCCCCUCUUUCCUGUCCUUCCCCGGUCACCUCACGAGCUAUGGAUGUAUCUGUGUCUCCUCACUGCGCUAUAAGCUCCCAGAGAAACAGAAGGCGAUGUGACGACAGAAGCGGAGAGAUUUUAAGAUGCCAAGAUGCUGGCUGAGAAGAUGGAAGAGGGGCCUCAAGACAAGAAAUAUAAGGACUGCAGCUCUAGAAGCUGGAGUCCCCUCUCAGAGACUCCAGAAGGAAUCAGCCCUGCCAAUACCUUGACAUGAGCUCUGUGAAACUAGUUUCGGACUCUGACCUCCAAAACUGUGAAAGAGUAAUUUAUGUUGUUUUCAACCACAUAAGUUUGUGGUAAUUUAUCAUAGCAACAACAGGAAACUAAUACAAAAGCUUUAUUUAUGAACCAAAAAUUGAAUUUCAUAUAUGCUUCACAUGUAAUGAGAUACUAUUCUUUUUAUUUUUUUCAGCCACUUAGCAAUGUUGAAAUCAUUCUUAGUUUGCAGGCUGUACAAACACUGGCAGUGGCUCAGAUUUGGCCUGUGGGCUAUAGUUUGAAAUAUCCUAAAUUAAAUAUUAGUGCAAUUAACUCAGCCACAUAUUAAAAUAAUAAUAUGUAAUAACCCUGGGUUUUUUUUUUAAACCCUGGGGUUUUAUAAUGUUUCAAAAAUUAGAAUGCUAUUAAUAUAAUCCAUUACAGAUUAAUGCAGCAAAAACAAAGCCAAAUAAAACAUGAGCAUUUCAAUAGAUGCCUUAAAAACAUUUAAUAAAAUUUAAUGCCUUUCAUAUUGAAAAAGGAAAUAAGUCAGUAUUAGAUUGGAAAUGUAUUGUUUUAAUAGUGGUUGUUUAUCAUAAACUAUACCAAACAUUUUACUCAACAUUGAAAAAUCUGUAGCAUCUUUGAUGAUCCAAUCUAAAGUAGCCACCACUAUCUACCCCACUUUUUCUCUAUAAUACCCUGCUUUUAUUUAUGACAAUCCAUAAUUAUCUUGUUUAGUUUUUACUUGUUAAUUUUCAUUCUUUUUCAGAAUAGACAGCAGUUGUUCACUUCUGUAUCCUUGGAGCACAGUACAAUGUCUGGCACAUAUUAGGUGCUCAAGAUUUGUUGAAUGAAUUCCCAUUUGUAAUGCUAACUUUAUGUGUCAAGUUGGCUGAUCCAGGAUGCCUAGAUAAAUGGUCACAUAUUAUUCUGCAUGUUUUGAUGAGGGUGUUUUGGGAUAAGAUUACCAUUUAAAUCAGUGAACUGUGAGUAAAGCAGACUGCCCUCUGUAACGUGGGGGGGCCUCAUCCAGUUAACUGAAGGAGUAAGUAGAACAAAAGACUAGCCUCCCUUGAGCAAGAGGGAAUUCUGUCAGCAGACAGCCUUCAGGCUUGAACUGCAAUACUAAUCUCUCCUGGGUCUUCAGCCUAAUGGUCUUUGGACUUUAACUGCAGAUUUUGGACUUGCUAGCCUCUAUAAUUGUGUGAACCAAUUUCUUAAAAUAAAUCUUUAUGAACACACAC